GGAGAAGCCCGCUGAGUUCAAGCGCAUCCUAGUCACUGGCGGCGCUGGCUUUCUGGGCUCACACCUGUGCAGGAGGUUGCUAUCGCAGGGCCAUGAAGUCAUGUGCCUCGACAACUAUUUCACAAGCCAGCGCACGAACAUCUCUGACCUGAUCGGCCAUCCACGCUUCGAGCUUAUCCGGCACGACGUCACGGAGCCGUUCUAUUGCGAGUGCGACCAGAUCUACAACAUGGCCUGCCCAGCGUCGCCCGUGCACUACCAGUUCAACCCGAUCAAGACAACUAAGGUGUCCGUGCUCGGCGUGAUGAACAUGCUGGGGCUGGCCAAGCGCGUGAAGGCGCGCAUCUUGCAGGCGUCCACCAGCGAGGUCUACGGCGAUCCUGAGGUGAGCCCACAGCAGGAGUCUUAUUGGGGCCACGUGAACACCAUCGGUGUCCGGUCGUGCUACGACGAGGGCAAGCGUGUCUCGGAGACGCUUUGCUUCGAUUACAUGCGGUCUCACAACGUUGACAUCAGGGUGGCGCGCAUUUUCAACACGUACGGCCCUGGUAUGCACCCGUACGACGGCCGAGUGGUCACCAAUUUCAUUAUGCAGGCCUUGCACAACGAGGACAUCACACUCUAUGGUGACGGGCAGCAGACGCGGUCGUUCACCUACGUGGACGACACCGUAGACGGCCUGAUCAGGCUGAUGGAGCAGGAGACGACGGUCGGGCCCAUGAACCUGGGCAACCCCAACGAGUUCACCGUGAAGCAGCUGGCCGAGCUGGUCAUCGAGCUCACGGGCAGCAAGAGCAAGAUCGUCAACAUGCCCCUGCCCGGGGACGACCCGAAGCAGCGCCGGCCAGACAUUACGCGUGCGAGGACCAUCAUGAAUUGGGAGCCGUCGACGCAGCUGCGAGAGGGCCUCGUCAAGACCAUCGAGUACUUCAGGGUCAUGGAUCUCCGGAUGUACAAGAAGCCGACGGACCACACGGCCCACAAGAAUACCGACGCUGACGCCCAGAAGAAGAAGUGAGCCGCUUCUUUUUUUCCACAUGUUUUCCUCUCCGGCUUUUUGCCCCUUGGCGGGAUCCUCGUGCUGGCUUGGUGGGACCGUGUGCCAGUCAGGAUGGGAACGAGGCUGAAGAUGAUCAUUCGUUCUUUCGUCAAGCAUCGUCAGCUCUGAGGGAUGGGUCCGCUUCGCCCUGCGCUUGACGGACGACCGGGGGCGCCUCGCCGGAGCGCCCCGCCUGCGCAGCGGCAGCACCGGGACCGCGGGGCAGCGGUGCAAGGGGGCUUUGCCGGCAUCUGCCGGCGUGGGCCUCCGAGGCGCGCGCUCUC